CUAACCAGAGAGUGCUCUGUGUUCUCGGUACUAACAGGUCCAUCCGUGAUUUGCCAUGUCCCCACAAACAGUGUCGGCGUACUCUGCCUCUACGGGAUUGGCUCUGACAUCUUUCACUCUUAUAGUGUACGACCAUGCUAUCACGUUGGAUCAAGAGAUAACUUUCUUCUGGUCUGGCUCAUGGUCAGCGUCAAGAGCACUAUAUCUCAGCAUACGAUACUUGGCUCUGAUACAAGCUUGCCUUACUCUGUAUGGAAUAGCAGGACCGGUCGAGACUUUCAGUCCUGCGGUGGAAAAAACCUGUUAUUCAUUGCGGGCUACGUUAUUUCAUUCCUGGUCUUGAUACUCUGUCAAUGUGUCGUGACAUUGCGAGUGUGGCAUCUAUUCUUCCGGAGUUGCCUCAUUAGAUGGCUGGCGGUCACUGUUUUCGUCAUUUGCGCGGCAGGAACUGUAAUAGUUGGCAGCGUCGAGUUUGAUACCAUCAAGAGUGCCCUGAAUGUAAUGUUGACCGCUGAGAUCCCGACGCAGAGCCCUCCAUUUGUGUUUGCCAUGUACCUGCCAUCCCUGGUCGUCCAUACGGCCAUGCUCUUACUGACGAUGUAUCGCUUUCGCGUCAGCCCAAAAGUGUUGCAGCAACGUGGCAUUAUACACCGAUUCGUAAAAGAAGGGAUAUUGAUGUAUACGUUUGCGGCCGGAUCACUGCUAUAUGAAAUUAUCGGUCUUUCUAUGACUGAACCGAAGGAAAUAACUGUAUACUAUCCAGCUUUGAGAGAAGGAAUAGCAGUAGCAACUACAGCCGUCUCCGUCUGUCGUGCAAUGCUUAGCGUCAGGUCAUUGGCUGCAACUUAUCAUGUCGAUCCGGCAUGGUUGCUCAACUAUGCAGAACUGAGUCGUGUUCAAUGGAGGACAGGAGCCAAUGAAGGUGAAAUUUUUGUCGAAGCAAGUGACAUGGACGCGGUUCUCCCUUUCAAAUUGCUGGGAAUGUCUGUCGGGAGAACAUGAGGCGAAGGAGUUGUGUAAAAAUGAUUUAAUGUGUAUGUUUUGAACAUGAUCCCCUGAAAUAAUACAUUUUUAUUGAAAUAGAACUAAUUUGUCCCAGCAA